GCAGCUCUGGUAAUGCCUGGAGAGUUGAACAAAUCUGGAGAAACCAAGCUUUGAAUGACAGACAUCGUAUAAGACAGCUGUUGCCAAACAGAAAAUGCAGAUGCCGCUUCAAGUACCAGGUUGAGUGAGUGUGUGCACAUGUACCAGAUGUAUGUAUAUUUGCAUGCAUUUUCACAGCCCGGCAGACUUAUUCUUGCAUACAAAAAGUUUUAUAAUUGAUGAAAAUUAAAUUAAAAAUCAGAUGGAGCAACUUGACAGCACAGGGAUCAGGAGCCUAUGAAAAGACACCUGCCACUAAUGGUCAGCUUUCUACGUGGUCUACAUGGGUGAAAAACAUUUGCAAGAAGAAGAAAAAAUACAUUGUGCACAGUAAAGCCUAAUACAUACCUCUGGAAUCUAAAGGAGUAAUUGAGAGGAGAACAGAAGAAAAUAGAAAAAGAAACUGACUUUUGUAUUGCAAAUGGAGUAAUGUACUGUCUUUGGCACAUUUUUUGCAUUGGACUCAGUCAACUAUAAUUGGGUUUAAUGUACUGGACUAAUAAAUAGUGACCAUUUUAUUCUGUAGUGAUGACUGGAAGAAAGCAAGUUCAGGAACUGUGGGACAAGUCUGGGCAUUGAAAUGCAAACUUUGUUUUUUGUACUGAGUUAACUGGGUCCUCAAACUUGCUUAUUCUUUUGCCCCUUCCUUUUUAUCUUACUGCUUAGUAUGGUAUAAGUAUUAAACAAUCAAGCUUGCAAACAUUAUUCAAAUAAAAUAAUUGGAACACUUUAUUAUGUUCCUUUCUUGUACAGCUGCAAAUGUAGGGUUUGGAACUAUGAAUCUGUGCUCUAGACAAGAAUCAAGAAGGAAAGAGCCUAUCGAGCAAGUAAGGAAAUUAUUGAAGGAGACAGUAAAACCAAGAAGUCAGAUUUUUAGUGCUGCUUCUUUUCCUUUUUUAGUUGAUUUAUAGUUCAUCCUCCCUUGAAUCCUAGAAGAUUUGCAAAGAGUGCUUAUUUGAUGAGCUUUAAUUCUGACACCUGUUUUUACAGCAGGAUGGAAAAUUUAUGACGCUUCUUUUUUUGGUAGUAGGAAAAAGGGAAAAGUAAAGGAAAAAACAGCUUGACGCAUAGUCCUGUUCCAGAGGGGAGAGAACUUCACGGUUCACCUGAGGCAAACUUCACUGCUUUAAAAGCUAAAAGCUUUCGAACAUUUUGGAUUCUGCUAAAUGAAAAGGGGUUUUCUUUUUCAUUCCUGUGUGGCAGUGAGAAGUGGGAAAGCAGGCAAGAUAGCGUGAUAAACAGCACAGGCUGCACUUAGUCUCUGGUGGACAAAAGAGCUACAAUGAAAAUGGGACUGGCUUUGGAUUGCAAAAAACAUUGAGUCCAACAAACAGUUCAGUAGCAAGAGGGAGUUUCCCAUUUGGCCUGGCAAGCUGGUGCCUGUACAAGUGUGGUGUCUGUUGUUUCGUAUGGUCUGUGUGCCUUUUUCCCCUUUAUGCAAUCUCUUUCAGCUUUAGCAGCAGAAAUACAUCAGGUGGGGAGGAUAUGCCAGAGGGCAGCUUGGAGACAAGGAAUGUCAUAUCUAUACAUAUGUAUGUAUGUGCGCAUGUUUAAAUUUCUGCGACUGAACUUUUGAAGAAAAUCUGACUGGAGGAAAUCUUAAAGCCUUAAGUUACUUGAAUCCUACACAUUUGCAACUCUUUGUGUCUGGAAUUGCAUUACACUAAACUGGAAUCUCAGGCUGUAUAAAGAUUAUAUCAAGUUGAGCAAAAAGACGACUUACCGUUUCUCGAGCGCCUCUUACGAAGUAGCUGUUUCUCCAAAGGAAAAGUGCACCCUCGCUCUAAUGACUCAAAGACAAAAUGAACCUGAAUUUUUUUUUUAAGUGUUACUUUUUCUUAGCCAACUGCCAUCAUCUUUUAUAGAGGAAUUUUUCACUAUGCAUUUGGUGGAUAUUUAUAAACACUGACCCUCCUCUCCUGCAAUGGUCUAUCCCAGGUCAGUCUUAUAAAUAAAUUGAUUUAAAUUUUUGUGCAAUAGACAUAUUGCUUUCUUAUGUCAAAAAAUAAAAAACAAAAAAAACCAUGUAUGCAGCAGUGGAACAUGGGCCUGUUCUGUGCAGUGACUCCAACAUCCUGUGUCUCUCCUGGAAGGGUAGAGUUCCUAAAAGUGAGAAGGAGAAACCGGUGUGCAGGAGGCGGUAUUAUGAGGAGGGCUGGUUGGCCACAGGCAACGGCCGAGGAGUUGUAGGGGUGACGUUCACCUCCAGCCACUGUAGGAGAGACCGGAACACCCCGCAGAGGAUCAACUUCAAUUUAAGGGGCCACAACAGUGAGGUUGUGUUGGUGAGAUGGAAUGAGCCAUUCCAGAAACUGGCAACCUGUGAUGCAGAUGGAGGAAUAUUUGUUUGGAUUCAGUAUGAAGGCAGAUGGUCUGUAGAACUUGUAAAUGACCGUGGGGCACAGGUGAGCGACUUUACUUGGAGCCAUGAUGGGACUCAAGCACUAAUCUCCUAUAGAGAUGGAUUUGUGCUGGUUGGUUCAGUCAGUGGACAGAGACACUGGUCGUCAGAGAUAAAUUUGGAGAGUCAGAUCACCUGUGGUAUAUGGACGCCUGAUGAUCAGCAGGUUCUUUUUGGGCUUACAUAA